AGUGAACCGUACGAGCUGCUGCGGCAAUUUAACGGGUUCAUUUGCCGCAUCGAAAUCAUCGUUGUCGAACCGGCCAUCGUCGUAGCUAGUGCCUUCCGGUUGAAGUUCGUCUCCGUCAGCGAGUAGUGGCGCAGUUUCGAGUUCAAGCCAACGCUAUCGCUGCCAUAGUUGCUGCGAAUGUAGUGCUGAAAGUGAUACAAUUGCUGGGUGUUUUGCUGCUGCUGCUGCUCGGCGGUCAUCUCACCCGGCCAGAGGGAGAGCGAAGAUGCGAUCGAAUGUAUCCCGUCCGAUAGUCGAUGACGUCGCGAUGUUGCGAUGGUAUACCGCUUCGCGGGUGGCGGCCCCAUCUGAAAAGUUGAUAAGCAAGAAAAACAAAAAAUCGAAUAGAACGUGGUGAAUGUCGGGCGUAACGCUCGAAGCUUUUGACUGUUCGGGAGUUGUGAUUAUAGGUUAUGUUUCGUUUUGGAAACGUUAUCAGUCAUGCAGAAAAACAGGAUUUGCUGUCAUACGUCAAGCAAUAUUUCAUAGAGAACAUAUUUUGCCUGGCAAAGUUUGUCAAAUCCUAUGGCGUUACGGAGCACCGUGUAGACUAUAUCAAAACCGCUGACGGUCAUGAAUACGAUUAUCAUUACCACGACGGUACAGCGGCACGAUUUGAAAAGAGCAAACUUCACUACCUUCAGCAGCAGGAACAACAAGAACACCAACAGCGGCGGCAGGAGUUACUUCUAGCCAAGCAGCCCUAUAAGUUACUGUACAAGCAACCCUACAAGCAGCCUUCGAGCAAUAAGUACUUUGGUGUAGGCUUCGAACAGCUUCUCACGCACCGGAAAUUUUCACCUGUCGGCACACCUUCCUCUGGCUAUCCCACCUUCAAGCAGCAGAAUUCGAUACCGAUAUUCGAGAGUCACGAAAGGGUUGGCAUACGUACCUACCCGUACCUCGAUGAUGACGAUGGCAGCGACUAUGACGACAACACCAGCCGACGAAAGCCUUCGCUGACGAAAAACUUCAUUCCCCAUUCAACUGGUUCAUACCGGAAACCAUCGAACCCCCCUCAGUACAGUAACUACGAGAGCGAGCCAUCGGGAUCGGUGUCAGCGGCAGAAUCUGAGGAAUCCGUAAACUCACCACCAGCGCCAGUUAGACCUUUAAAAACUAGUCAUACGUCUUCAGUGGGAGGCGGCUUUAACAGCAAUUUUCUAUUGAACGUUCCCAACAUCUAUUACAUCCCAAGCGGCUACACGUACUUUAACACCCACACAUCGACUCCGAAGAACAAGCUUACCCAAGAACUGUACCUGUCUCCGACGGAAGCCCCCUCAACGCGCCGCCCGUAUGUUGCACCAUCCUUAACGACGCCAUCUCCCACCUCCAAACGGACAACAAAAGCGCCCCGAAGACCUUACAUUGCACCGAUUCUGGCGACCACCAAGCGACCGUACAUCGCACUCUCGAUUGGAAGACCGAUCCCGGUGAACAGAGGCACCACGAGAAAACCUACUCAGUCCAGUAUUAGUCAAAGCCAACAGCAGCAGCAGCAGCAACAACAACAACAACAACAACUCUUCAACGGUGCCAGCCGGUUUCGCUACACAACCGGCAGGCCAGCAGCGACCACCAGCGAACGGACGCAACCGAGCAAACUGUACGAGCCGGAGUUUGACAUCGACAUCCGGAUCGAUCUGUCUUCGGAUUCGUCCUGAUUCGGCUUGAAACGGGACGAGACGUGACAUUCGCACACACAAAAAAAAAAAUCUAGCGCAAUUUCUUUUAUUUAAUUGAAACUAAUGACGGAAAAUAAAGACGAAUCUAAAUAGAUAAAAGUUGGUGACGAUGGCAAGUGAAAAAG